AUGGAAUCAAAUGAAACGCGCAAAGGGCCGCUGCCUGGAGGUCGCCAGGGCGCGUCUGGAGCUGGCGCUGGACGCGACAGCAUGCGAACCGCCAGCCGAGCGCGAGGUGCUGCACGACCACCUAGCAGCUCCUCGCAUCCAUCAUCCCCACCAGCUGGCUUGGUGUCGGCAGGGUCUUCGCGGGCUCAGCAAUCGGCACCCGCCACUGGUGGAGUACGCCGCAUGCGUUGGACAACCCAGAUGAACAGCAACGCAUUGCGGGCGUAUUUUAGGGCGAAAGGGGGAGAAACUGGAGGUUUUGCGUAUCGGGCAAGGAUGCAUCGACUUUUUGCUGAGCUGGAGCCAUCUGUAACCGUCACCGAACAAAACCUGGCAGACCGAGUUCGGUAUAUCUUGCGCUCAAAUACAUUUGAUGUCACCGAACUCGAACGGCUACGACGUGAGGCUGUUCCUUCAUCGGGUGAAAAUGCUGCGGCUGAGGAUGCGGCGCCACAACUUGCUGAGCAAACGGCAAAUGUGGAUGCCGCCGUGAAUACGCCAGUUGUGGUUGAUUCAAACGAUGAUGGAACAGUCGCCCAGGAACUGGAACUAGAGCAAAUGAGGAGUACAUUGGAAGAGGCGAUUGUGGAAACGCGCAGUACGACUCUCGAAAAUCGACCGCGACUUCCCCGCUUAGCCCUAAGCAAGCGGAAUCGGGCUGUCGUGAGGGCUCUGAACCCAAUGCUGGUUACCUAUUUGGAAGCCAGCCGGGACCUUUGCGAUACGGACUCAAUUCUUUUUGGCGCCGCACUGGCAGUCUGCCGUAUUAUAGGUGCCAAACUUUCCACGGCUGGACGCGCUACUGGACAAAGUAGUGCUAUCCCAGCCUGGAGAAUAAGAAUUGAAGAACGUAUCGCAAAGGCUAGGGCCCUCAUCGGCAGACUGAUAUGCUUCAGGUCAGGCAAUACCAGGCCAAGGAUUGUGCGCACCGUCAGGAUGGCGUUUGCUGGGAUAAAUGUUAGUUUGUCCCAGCCGGAUAUAAUGCAAAAACUGACGGAGCGCAUAGACGACCUGAAGCAAAGAAUAGCUGCUUGGGGAAAGCGGAUUCGGCGAUAUACCGAGAGGUCGACACGGUUCAACCAGAAUCGUCUCUUCCAGAGUGAUCAGAAGAGGCUCUAUAAAUCAUUGGAGCGACCAAUAGUAAGUGGAACGGGCCCUGCACCAAAUCAGGCCGACAUGGUCGCAUUCUGGCGCAGCCUGUGGUCAGAGCCCGUAAACCACAGCGAGGGCCCUUGGACGGAAGUUGUGGCGAGUCAGUGUGCGAGUAUUACGCCCAUGGACCCCGUCAUCAUAACGCCGGAUGACGUAGCUGAGGCGGUCCGUAGGGCCCCGAACUGGAAAAGUCCGGGGCUUGACGGGCUGCAUCACUACUGGCUGAAGGGGUUCAUGGUGUGUCACUCUGUGCUCGCCCGACAGUUUCAAGAGGCUCUCAACCAGAAGUCGCUCCCAAGCCUCUUCACUACUGGGAUCACUCAUUUGGUUCCUAAAGAUCAGGGUGCCACAGACCCGAGCAAAUACCGCCCCAUCACGUGUUACAAUUAG